CUUUGCUUCUCGGCACCAGUUGCUUCGUUUACCAUGACCUCCGAGACUGCCGGGGGCUUCGAUCCCGAGACUCGCAAGUGUGGUGAGCUGGUGGCUUCCAAGACCACCUUCGCCUACGACCUGGAGACGAUGGAGUGGUCCAGGAAAGCAGACAUGAUAUCCGCCAGGGCCGCCCACGGCGCCACUGCCUGCUUGGACAAGGUGUACGUCUUUGGCGGCAGGGGGCGCCUCGGUCGGGCCCUGACCUCGACCGAGGUGUACGACCCCGGUUCGGACAGCUGGAAGGAGGUGACUCCGCUGGACAUUGCCCGCAUGGCCGUGGGCUGCGCCGUGGUCGACGACAAGAUCUUCCUCGUCGGGGGCAUGACCCCCGAGACCGGGGACCUCCACCGCGCCGUCGACAGGGUCGACGUUUACGACGUUCACUCGCACACGUGGUCGGCAGGCGAACCAUUGCCCAAACCGCGGGCCUUCCCCGGCGCCGCGUCCGUGGGCGGGAAGCUGUGGCUGCUGGGUGGCUGCUACGACAACUCCGAGCCGGGCCUGCCCCUGGUCAGCCUGAGGGACGUGGACGUGCUCGAGCCCGGUGGAAGCUGGCAGCAUCGGGGCUGCACCGUGCACUCCAGGCACGCAGCCGCCGUAGCCAUUGCCGACACCAACAUCUACGUCAUCGGCGGCACCAGCAGCGUGCUGAACGGCCCCCUCAAGCGUCCCGAAGUCUACCUGCAGCUGGACGACUGCUACCGGUUCCCUGCGGAGUACCCCGAAGCCAUGACGGGCAUCGCCGCCGUGUCCAUACCCCCCAAGACGGUCACCUUUCGGAGCCAGUCCCUGACUUGCAUGAUCCAGGAGAGGCUAGCCGAGUAGCCUCUUGUCCCUUGUGGUGCACUCAACUCGCCGACUUCUGCUUCUCUGAGUCGUAUCUCAUGACGUCUAUCUCCCUCGGUGUCGGGUUUUCGACUGUGGUAUUGGCAGUCCGCUCUCAACCAAAGUGUCCCCCGAAUCCGUUUAAAUACACUGAAGACAAAUCACGUUGUCCACCAAUCUUCACUCUUCUUGAUAACGAAGCACUGGCGCACAUUCCACUAGAUGUAUAGACAUGAUCAACCCUUUGAAUUGGGCGGCGACUUGUUUCACCCAGGCAGGAAAAAAAAAGGAGGUUAAGGCCAUCUAGAGGAGGAAACGUGAAGCUGAGAAACGAGGACCUCGCACCUAUUGGGCUAUGCUGAAAGAACGACCACCUCAUAGCGGUGAAUGCACGAACCUUAGAAACAGGAAUACCGAAGCAACUAGCGGUUACAGUUGCGAAUGGGCAUAUUUUGAGAAUUGAAUGGUCAAGCAAGCGAUUGGAAAUCAAAAUUUUCUUUUCUUGACAGCGAUGUUUCUGCUAAUCUUGUGUACGCAAGCUCUUGAUUGCAUAUGGCGUUGUGCUUACGAAACGUGAUAGCCCUCGGUGGAUGAGAUCUUCGUGCUUGAACUGCUACGUAGACACCUAAAAUAAAGUCGUUUGUGUGAGACCUUCCAAAGAGUGGACGACACUUUAUAAAUGAGUAACGUAACGUGUAUGAAUAGCACAUGUCUUGCAUACAGACAUGCAGCAUCAGGGACAAUUUAAAACCAGAAUUUUGGUAAAUAAUAUUUUAUUUGAGUAACGCAGGUAAAGGUUUGCGAAAGUUGUAUAUACGACUACAAAUCUUUCAAGCUACUACUAAGUUUUAACGGAUAGUUUUCGAGGGCCCAAUAAUGCGCCGGGCGCGCGCUUCGAAAUGUGCUUCAAAGCGGCAGUGCGCGCUUCCGAGA